AUGCCGAAUAAGAAGAAAAAUAACGCUGCCAGAAAUGCUUUUUACUUUUUUAUGGUAUCUCUUAAACCUCAGCUUGAAAGGCAAGGUGUUGUUUUAGAAAAUGGGAUGCAAUCUUUAGCAGAAAUUGCUGGCCCUCGAUGGAAGGUAUUGUGUUUACAACAUUCUUUUCUCGAGGCUACGUGAGGUCAUUGAAAUUUUUUAUAUUUUAACCUUAACUUUUCAAAGAGAGUUUAUGAUAAAAUAUAGACUAUAACCAUAUGCUGUUAUUUCAAAUUUACCCUAGUAUAUCUGCCCUCUUCUAUUCUCAAAGUAGUAAGUAUUUCUUUUUCAGCACGAGAAGAUUAUCUGACAUUACACAGGAAGGGGCCAUCUUGAAAAACAAGAACCUUUGUUUUCAAUUUCCGGCCGGUCGUUCCUUGACACAUUGGUCUUUUCACUAAAGAAAAUAAGUUAGUGAAGCCGGCAGAAGUGCUUUUUUUCUUAAACUAUUCUAGGGCUACCUGGAAUUGAGGACAUUUUGGUACAAACUUGACUGCAACUAUUGUUUCAGAGCUUUUUUCACAGCUUUGAGUUGCAGAUGAGCAAAUAGUCGACAUGUGUUCACCAAUUUGUUAUGCCCUUGAGUGAAGACACGGAAGCUUUCUGGUCAUUGUGCUUUCUACUUCAAUAAUUUCAUAAAAUAACACAGUUUGUUUUUUUUAUAUUUACUCUUUUGUGUCCAGUCAAUUACUAAUACUGCUUUUUUUAAUGAAAUGUUUUCAGGAAUUACCAGAGCAUGAAAAAGAAGUUUACCAGGAAAUGGCACGCCAGGAUAAAGCAAACAAGAAGUACCGUCCAGUGAGAAAUGACCGGAUGGACUGCACUGGAGAAUAUAUUUCAGUAUGAUAAUACAGCACAACCUACAUCGCUCAUCAUUUUCACUUUAAUAUUUAUAGAUCAGAUCCUAAAUCAGAAUUUUAAUAUAAAACAAUCAUAUUAUGUGGAGUAGUGAAAAACAAAUAUGCCCAAAAUGUGUAAGUACAGUGGCAGAACAUUUAUCUGAAUGGUUGGUAGUUUCUUGGUGUUGUGGGUGGGUGCAGUCACCAAAUGACACAAUACAAAGAUUGAAAAGACACUCAACGCAGGGGUCGCACACACCUUGAAAGUCAUUGAAAGUCCUUGAAUUUUAGAAAAAUGAAGGCCUCGAAAGUCCUUGAAUAUUGCAGUCGGUGCUGGAAAGUCCUUGAAUUUUGGUGCUAACUUUAUCCAACACAGAUUCUCAAGUGCCUGACAAGAGCAAACAUAGAAAGACCUUCAGGAUAAAAUUGCUCAUGUUGUGGAAGAACUGAAAAAAGCCAUAGACUCAAGACUCUUUUUUUCACAGCUGAAUGGAGUCCUUGAAAAAUGGGAAAUGUGUCCUUAAAAGUCCUUGAAUUUUUUGUUCAAAAAAGGGUACAAAACCUGUUAACUAUACCCACAUCACAAAACAAAAGUGAACAAACAAUGAUUUCUGCAGCACCAAGAAACACCGGAAUGGUUGUACUUGAAGAACUGAGGAUUACAGUAAACAAAACAACCUCUCCACCUGCAUUAUGGGCAAAAUUUGGACAGACAUAAGUUGAUGGUUAAUUUUAUCCUUAGCUUCAUUGUUAUUUUCCAUUUUUUGUGACAUGUGUUUAAGAUAAUGACAAAAACAAAAAGUGAAAAUUUGAAAAACAGUAAUUUAUUGGAUAGCCUGAACUCAGCUUUCUGCUCUAGCGCUGACACAAAACAAAAAAAGGAAAAUUUGAAAAAUAGUAAUUUAUUGGAUAGCCUAAAAUUCAGUAUUCUGCUCUAGCGUUCGUUCUAUUUCUGGAUAGAAAUUUUGGACCACUCUGUCUCAAUACAUAUAAACCUUCUGAAAGCCCAGAUCUUAUUUAUUACCAAGUUUAAUUGAAUUUAUAAGGGUCCCUGCCCCCUUUAUUUUAUUUUGGAAGGGGACAGUAGUGAUGAUUGAUUUUUUUUAUUAAACCAUACAUUCUGGUUGCUAGAUUUGUAAUUAGGCCUUAAGUGACUCCUGAUCUAACAUCAAAUUCUUCCCUUGAUUCAAAAGCACAUACAGUACAAAUGGAAGGAUAAUCUAGCCGUUAAUCAGGCAUAAUAAUAUUUUGUUCCAGACAUUUCACCUUGAGAGUGAAGUAAAGUAUUAUUAAUAAUUUUAAAUUUGUUGAAUUGUCAUUCCAGAAACGUGUAGAUACUGUGAGUCUUAAUGACAAGCGGCGCAAGGAAGAACGAGAAGAAGUAAAGCGGCAGUGGACUCCUGGGAGAGGUAGUUGGAGAAACUUGUGUGUCUUCUUUUGUGCAUAAAAACAACCCUCCAAGUUGCGACCAUUUUAGUCGCCAUGGCGCCUAAAAUUUUGAAGCUGGUGGCUUGAUUUGUAAAAAAGUCUCCCUAAUCCAAAAGAAUUGGUCGCCAAAUGGCGACCAAGCAAAAACUUUAACUUGGAGGGUUGUAAGAACUUAAGAUAUUGAUUGGCUUUGUAAUACUCCUAACAUUAUAAACCCUUUAAUCCCGAAGAUCCAAAUGUGAAUUCUAUUUCUCUUAAUACCCAAGGGAGGGGGUACUCCUAGGAAUUCUUGGUAGGGGUGUGCCACCCAGUUCUUCAAAUCCUGACCCUAUUUCAGACCAAACAAUGUCAUUUUUCACACCCAUGUUCAGACCAGGCCUCUAAAAUUCAUACCCAUUUUCAGACCCUGGCUCUAAGAAAUUAUGUCAUUAUUAAUAAGAUAAAAGAUUUCUUAAAAUCCACUUCAAAUUCAUAUAUUGCCAGUACUCUUUCUUUCUCAGUAUUCAUUUGGAACUGAAACAAGAAACAUGUUCCAACACUCCCAUAUAUCUCUUGAAAACCAUACCCGAUUCCAGACCAAAAUGGGCAAAAUGUAUACCAGUUUUCGGAACAAAAUGAUGCAAAAACCAUACCCUUUGGGGCAGCACAUACCUAUUAUGGAUUAAUAGGCUAUAACAACACCUUUAAUCUGGAGUUUGUCCAUCUUUUACAGCUGUCUGUGAUGAGAAAUUCUACAUGGUUGGGUUUAUGUCUUAUUAUGACAUUCCCAAUGAAGGCUACCUUCCAUGCGAGCUUGGUGCUGUGGAAUAUUCUCUUAAUGGAGGCAUCUUACGCAGGCUACAUUUCUUUCUGCCACCAGGUUAGUUAUUAUUAUUAUUAUUAUUAUUAUUAUUAUUAUUAUUAUUAUCAUCUGAUAAAACACAGACCAAUCAUGUCUCAGUCAUGAUGAUGAUGAUGAUGAUGAUGAUGAUUGCUUCUCUGUACCAUUACGUCAUUUGCAUGAUAGCAUCAUUUUGACUACAACUACUCAAAACUUUCAGGGUUUUUUUUCUUUGUGCAAGCAGAUUAGCUUUGCUUUUUUGUAAUCAAACCUUAAUAAGAAUAGUAAUAAAGGAAGCAGGUUGUUGAAGUAAAACGAUGCCAUCCUUAAAUGGUAGAGCUGUGCUACAUAUCAUCAAAAGUAACUGAGAAAGCUAAAAGACCGAAAAUCGUUUUUUGUAUUAUUGUCUUUAGCAACUAAUGGAAGUGAUUUCACUUCCUUUUUCCCAAGCUUUUGUCAUACAAGAAGGCAACAUUUAGUCUCAAAUUUGAGAAUGAAUUUAUAAAAUCAUUAUUUUUCAUUUCUUAAUCUGCACUGCACUAUUAUUCUUUAUUUAACUUGUGGUACUGCAUAAACCAUACUAGAUGUCUAUUUGAAAGACUGAUUUCUUUUUCCAUUAUCUCCUGUAGGGGAAAUAAAAAUGGGUUUACGAUAUGCAGCCAUGAGUACAAGUAAGUCCUACAGUAGAAUUCUAUUCAGAAACUGUCACAGUACCUUGGAGUCAAACUUUUCCACGGUUGCCACUUUGGAAACAGUGAUAAGCCCCAGGGGUACCCCCACAGAUAUGCUAGACAGGUAUAUGCAACCCAGUGGGGCGCAUAGUUUCUGAGGUUCUCCAUUCUUAAAUAGGGGUAUCAAUUUUGCCCUUGUUGGCGUUGUGUUCCUGAUGUGAUCCUUAGAUGGGGUACCGUUAUCAUACCAGCUAAAUAUAAAAUUCAAGUACUUGAAUGCCUAGCUACAUGAGAAACAAAUCAUCUGUUAAAACUCAACUUUACCCUUAGGCUGGUGGAUUUUUAUGUUUCAUUGAAAUUUAAGGUCUUCUCUUUCCCUUGAAUUGGGUGUCAUUUUUCAGGUUAUAGCUUUAAAUAGGGUAUCAUUUUUUGUUUUUUUUUCAUCUUGAAAUAGGGUCAGAAUUAAAGACCCUGGGCGGCACAACCUAUCUAAAUGUUAUUGGAGUUCAGUAUUCCCCCCGCCCGCCAGUUGAUAAGUGGACAAAUUUGUGACACCAAAUUUUGGUAGCCCAUUCGAGGCAUUCCGAUCGUUGAACACCAGUAAAAAAUUGGCAGGGGAAAAUAUAAGGGGAGACUAGGGUAAAGAAGUCUCCCCUCAUUAAACUGUGGUUACUGUAGGUUGUCAGGAGCAUUGUAUGUGAUGAAGGUCUAGGACUUAAGUGACAAUUUUACAUUUUCUGUUUGUUAGGUGAAAGGACCCACCAAAUACCCAUUGAGGGUUUGGCAAAGAAGGAAGACACCUUUCGGAAGAUCUGGCUUGAACUCUUACGAUUUGUUAAUCCAGAACAAACAGCCAUUUUCCCUCCUGUGUACUGCAGGGUAAGCUGAUGUACAUGUAAAAUUUUCAUUUCACCUUUCCCACCUGAGUUUUGUUUAAAAAGCAUAACAAAAAUAGAGCCUGAUGUCAGGUUAAAUUUCUGAGCCCCUGUUAGGGUAAAAAUUCUGAUAAACGACAUGGCCCAAAACAGCAACAUAGGACAUCAGAAAUAACCACAAAUGACACAAAGAUGGGUUAAAUACCAACAGGGAUGGAGAAAAGCACAAAUACGAUAGCAUAAUACUGACAGCAACAUGGCUUGCUCCUCAAUACGCAAAACAACUGGUUUUGAAAGUCAGACUAAGAACGUACAUAAACCCCCUAAGAGGGCAUCGUUACUGGUACAUUUUACUUUUCUUCAUAACUAAUAAUCUUUAUGUGUGUUCUUGUUAGGUUUCAGAAACAAAGCAGACAGAGUACUGUCUGCAUUAUUUGGCAAGAAAGGCAGGUAGGUUGAGGGAAAAAGCCAUCUUUCAAGUGCAUCAUGCAUCAUAAAUAUAGUAUAUUUAUAUUUGUGUCACACAGACUGAUGCCUUUUUAACUAAAUCUAUAAAAACGAGCCCAAUUAUAAAAAGUUCAGGAAACAGUUCACUCACAAAACUGAUCAGAAGAUGCCCCAUUUUGAUGGCUGUUAAUGAUAAAAAUAGCCAUGCCAUGGAAGGCGUAUAUCACUCUAUUAAGGUACAGCACAGUUGCUCGUUUGCCUUGGCAUGCGCUAAUAAUCAUGUUACAUCUUUGAUGAAAAUGGUAGGUCGUUUGAUGUGGAAAUGAAAAGCUAGAAAAGUCUAAGAAGAAAUAUUCAAGAUCUCAAAAAGUAAAGCUAGAAUAGAUGAAAAUUUUACUUGUACAUAUAAAUUUUGUGCAGAGCUCAUUAGAGGACAGGAAUUAAUUUAAAUUAGACAACAUGCUUAGAGUCAACACAUGUUAAAGUAACAUGAUUCUUGAGGAUAUUGUUGCAACUGAUUCUGAUUAUAGAGAUGCCAAAUAAACUGAAGAAGGUGUACGAGCUGGAAGGUUUGGUGUGUGAUCUUCACACCCACUUCACUGCUGAGUCGGGAAGUAUGAUGGGGAUAUCGAAAUCCAAGGCAACAGAGCUCAUAUCCAGUACCAUUUUUGAUUAUGAACCGAAUUCACGGUAUGUUCCAAACCUCUUUGUUAUGAUGACCAACACCAAAAAUUCUAAGGCUUAAUCCUAAUCUUAUUUUGUGGUCACACCAUACAAUUUUGUCUUUCGGGUGUUUUUUUUUUUAAUUUUAUAGGUCACAGAAAACUUUUUAUGUACAGAAGGAAGUUAUAUAACAGAGUAUUAUCUUGUUUCAAAGGAUGUUUGUACAAGAUUGUUUCUAAGUGCUUGGGAUUGGUUGGUCGUCACUAAAAAAAUUGCCUAUGGCAAGGCUUUUGCCUUUUACUAAGGCAAUAACAAAAAAAUUAAUACUAUAACACAAAUUAACAAAAUGACAAACCUACCAGAUAGUUCAACCAUUUCUGAUGUGACACCAACUAACCCAGUCCCCAAGCACGCUGUCAUCUUGGAAGGUUGUGGCUCUAGUGAGUGAUGAGGGAUUAAACAUGUUUGAAAAACAGGCAAACAUGUUUUGAACAGCUGUUUAUCUUAAGGCCUUCUUUUUAGCCGUAAUUUUUCAUUUUAGAAAAUUUCCCUUGUAUUUUCUCCUUUUUUUCCAGUUUUCCUUUUUUUUCAAAAGUUUUCUUUUUUUUCAGAUGUGAUUGGCAUGAGAAACAUGAGGUUAAAUUCUGUGCAUUGGGAACUGUUCAACGCUACUGGUGAGAAAAAAGCUUUUUGCUGGUAUACCUACAAAUUCUCCAGACUGAUGCCCAUACAUUUCCUUAAUCCAUUUGCCCCGGAAGCGCACAUAAUUUUGCUUUCUGCGCAUACCUGAACUUCAGAAGGUAAUAUUUUUCAUCUGGGUCAGAAGACUGCAAACUGUUCAACCGGUAAACGGCUUUUUGGUAAGUUUUAGCUCUUUAUGGCCAGACAAUAACCAGAAAAAGGCGUGAUUAGCUUCAAAACAUGUUUUAGGAAAAAUUGCCUGGGCUGAAAGGGUUAAAGGAUAAGUUGAAGAAGAACUUAAUGACGGAUCAAAGCAUUUUGUUACAUGGAUAUUGUUGGGAGAAAAUUGAUUUUGGUCACUCUUCGAACUUAAGGGUUAAAUGAUCACAUCCAAGCCUUUGUUUGUGUAAUAUUAUUUUCAAACCGUUAAAUGCAUUUCUCUUCCCAGCUACUGUAUGUCUGAUUUCUUAUGUUCUGUUUACGGAAUACAACUAACACCAAAUCACCUGCCAGAGAGACCAGAGGGAGACUUCUGUGCUGUAGUUAAUGCACCAGAACACAGCAGGUUGUCGCAACAGGACACCCAACCAAGAGGUGGGAGAUGGCCAGUGGAAGAUAAUGGACCUUUUGCCUCAAGGGAUUAUCGCUAUUCCAAUGGAGGUGCCAGCAAUCAAGGUACACAAGACUGAUUACUAUUAUUAUUCAGGAUUUCUGAGCAACAAGAGUCAGUCCAGCAUAGCAAGUUUAUAAUACAGAAACUUUAUUCUGUUAAUGGCAGAACUAAUGUAACAGUGCCUUGCCUUGCAUCUUACAGAAUUAAAGUAAAAAAGUUGGUUUUAUUAACUCAGAUGAUCAAACCAACUUUUUUGUGUGUUGCUUCCCUUCCAAGACAGCAGCUCAGGUGUAUACGCUAGAUUAUAAAAUAACUAAGAUGGUACGUGCAUUCUGACUGGUUAAAAACCUGUGGUUUAUUGUGCCAGUAAACUCAUAGAAAACUUAAAGUUAUUUUAUAAAAGCCAUAGACCACAAUUUCUAUGGGUUUACCGGCGUGAUAACCCACUUGGGAUGUUGGGAGACACUCGAAAAGCUUGUAAAUAACUCGCCUUCGGCUCGUGAUUUACAAGCUAUUCUUGUGUUCUCCCAAAAUCCUGUGUGGGUCAUCAAGCCGAUAAACCCAUCAAAAGUGUGGUCUACUGCUUAUUACAUUUUGAGCCUGAUUUUUCUGGUGUUGUUAAAAAAAAUGUGUAGGACAGAACCUGAACAUUUGAAGGGGUUUUUGAAGGGGCUUGGAUCAAUUUGACAAAAGAAAAUUAUGUUAGAACUAAUAAAUUUAUACUGUUUAGCUUAUUUUGAAAGAUUUGAACCCAGGAGUCAUUUCAUAACAAAAUGUCAGUCAACUGUCAGUCACUGUCAUCAAUGGUCAAAUUCAGGACUUCUUUCCCCAGAUGAUCAUGCUUAGCCUACUUAUUUAUCUUAUUAUACCAUAAAAUUCCAGAAAUAAGCCCUGGGGCUUAUAAUUUUCAAAGGCCCUUUUUGAGGGGCUUAUUUUUGGAGGGGCUUAUAUAAUAUUUCGGAGGGGCUUAUCUAUGAAGAGAAAUUUGCGUUUCAAAAACGAUUGGGCUAGCCUUAUAUAGUUGGAAGUAAAUUUUACCGUUUUUGCUUUGUUUUGCAAUUUUCAAGUACAAGGGGAUGGGCGAUUUAACGGAGGGUUUUUUGCGUUAAGAGUUUGGGGGGCUUUUAUUUGGAGGGGCUUAUACGUGGAGGGGCUUAUUUUCGGAAUUUUACGGUAUUUUUCAAUUCAAUGUAAUGCUCAACAGGGACCUACACUCGUUCAGGACCCACAUAUGAUGAACAGAGUCUCUAUGAUGAUGACGAUGAUGAUGAUGAUGAUGAUGACAGAAAAUAUGGUAGACAUCCACCACCACAGGCCACAGUUGCAGCUUGGAACUUCCAGCCACAAGCUUCUCGGCCUCUACCACCAUCAUCAGGACUCAACAUGGGUAGGGGACGUGGAAGAGGGCGGGGUCUUCAAUCCAGUCAGCCUCUUCGGAGACCAAAUCUUCCUGGCAUGGCAAGAGGUACCGCUGCUGCUGCUGCCAGUCAAGGUGAGACAACAGCAGGCAUGUUUGGUCACCAUUGAAGUAGUUGAAGCUUCACCAGUGCCUGCUUAAUAGAGCUUUCUGGUAAAUAUGGGUUUGUUCUACUUAAAACAUGGUGAGAAAUGUUUGAAACAUACUGAGCUAUGAAUAUAGAGAUGAUGCAAUAGUUUUGUUUAUUGCGGUGGAACCUUGAAAACAAAACAAGACUGAUUCCCCCUUCCAGUCAACAGUAUCUGUGCUUCCUUACAAGAAUGGUUGCUUGCAGAAAUAUAUAAAUUAAUUUAGGGUUGUUAUUUUUUUAAGUACCGGUAGUAAUGCUUGCUUUUUUACCUCAACUUCAUUGCAUUUUUUUUUAUCCACAGAUGCAUCUUGGAGCAGCAUUGCUGCCUCUGAAAAGGCACCACCUUCCACAGACAGCAUUCCAGCAUGGGCAAGGGCAGGACCACAGCCACUCCCUGGUGGACGAGGGGCAUUAAGAGCCCCUGUCACCAAACCAAAAGUCUACGCUGGAGCGAUGAAUCCCCCCGCCCCAGGACACGCCCCUAUGCCCCCACCCGCUUGGCAGCAGCAGCUAGCCUGGCAGGGAGGAGGACGAGGCAUAACAUCCCAGAUGAAUUCUUUAAAUAUUAAUGGCUAACAGUGCAUUUCAGACCUUUCUGUUAUUUCUUGAACUCUUGAUUUUAUUUUUCGUAUUUAUUAACUUUUUGGCUUCUAGACAUAUCUGUGAAUACAUGAAACUAGUUUGUUGUGACUAUUCAAAUAGAAGUUUCCUGAAGGGCUUUUGCGAUAUAACUGAAGCAUAUAUUUAAAGAUUUGUGACAUUCACAAUCUGUAGAACGUUACUUUCUAAUGGUAGUGUUUUUAUUUUAGUAUGAAAUUUUAAGUUUCCUUGAAUUAUUAUGGUUUCAUGAAGAUGAUGAUGAUCAUAGUGGUAGUGUUGAUGAUGAUGAUGUGAUGAUGAUGAUGAUGAUGAUGAUGAUGAUGAUGAUAAUGAUGAUGAUAAUGAUGAUGAUGAUGAUGAUGAUGAUGUGAUGAUGAUGAUGAUA